AUGGCCAGUAUUACUCAACAGAUGAAAGAACUUGUUCGUAAGAUCACUUAUAUGUUCUACGAGAAAGAAAAAGUCAUGAUUAUGGAAGGAUUUCUCAUGUUUGAUGAGCCAAUGACUUUAAAAGAAAUUGGUGAAAAAUUACACCUUCAAAAGAAGAUAAUUGAUGACUGCAUUGGUAUUUUGCGUCGUGAUGGUAUGAUUUCCAGUAAGCAAACGCUUGAUCUUGAAGGCUGGGAUCUUACAAAAAAGCCAAUCAGUCAAAUGUCAGAUACCCAAAAGAAAAAUCGAACUGUUUAUUACUAUGCCAUCGAUUACAAAGUAUUUUGUGACUCAGUACGUCUUAAAAUCCAACUUGUAAAGAAUCAUCUUAAAAAAUUAUGCGGAAAGGCCGAUAACAUCUCCUACAGAUGCGAGUCUUGCCAUACAACAUUCAAUUUUAUAGAAAUUAAUCGCUUAUCCGAGUAUUCCAACUUUACUUGCCCUGAAUGUGGUGGAACACUCAAAGAUUUGGAUAAUUCCGAUGAAGUUAAUGCGAAUAAGAGGAAAUACGAAGAAUUUUGCCAUCUUACUGAUGAUAUUAUAAGACAAAUCACAAAUCUUGUUUCCAACAUGGUUUUUGAGGACGACUUUGACUUCAGAACCAACCCAGCGAAAUUGAUGACUUUGGAGAGCUACAACGCCAAGGAAAAGUACAUUAAAGAAAAUGCCGAAUCUGGAAAGAUUAUAAGGGCCGAAGAGAAGGUAGAUACAGACAAACAGAACGUCGUCGAUGUUAAGACGGUCGAUAUUGGUCCAGCCAUUGAUGAUUCCAUAAAAGACCUUUUCACAAGGAAUACCCAAGCCACAAAGAAGACAGAACAAGCUGAGGAGCAGGAACCCGAAAUUGUCAUUGAUGGCCAGGUAUUGAAGAAAUCUGAUGUUACAGAAGAUUUCAUCAUUAAUUACACAGGAUCAACGGAAAAUAUGAAGAAACUCGAAGAGUUUCAUGAAAAAUACUGUCAAUAA